CUGUGCCUGAUUUGUGGCCAAUGUUGGAGAUGUAAAAAAGGAGGAAAAAACACUAACCGGGUAGCUAUGGAGAUAGAAGGUUUUGCAGGCUACUUUCUCUGACAUGUGUUGAGUGGGUAAAAGUCUUACAACAGUGUCCAACAUGUACGCCAAAGGAAAAGGAGCUGUUGUCCCCUCCGAUAGCCAAGCGAGAGAGAAAUUAGCUUUAUACGUGUACGAGUACCUACUUCAUGUUGGAGCCCAGAAAUCAGCACAGACGUUCCUAUCUGAGAUCCGAUGGGAGAAGAACAUCACGCUAGGGGAGCCUCCUGGAUUCCUGCACUCCUGGUGGUGUGUAUUCUGGGACCUGUAUUGCGCGGCCCCUGACAGGCGCGAGACCUGCGAGCAUUCCAGCGAGGCCAAGGCCUUCCACGACUACAGUGCGGCGGCGGCUCCCAGCCCGGUGAUGGGCAAUAUGCCCCCUAACGACGGCAUGCCAGGUGGACCCAUGCCCCCAGGCUUCUUCCAGGGCCCGCCCGGCUCGCAGCAGUCCCCCCACGCACAGCCACCCCCACACAACCCCGGCAACCCCAUGAUGGGACCCCACGGCCAGCCCUUCAUGUCUCCGCGGUAUCCAGGUGGACCCCGCCCAGGACUCCGUAUGCCAAAUCAGCCUCCAGUAGGAGUCCCGGGAUCGCAGCCUCUCUUGCCAAACAGUAUGGACCCCACCAGACCACAAGGACACCCCAACAUGGGCGGCCCGAUGCGGAUGAACCCUCCCAGAGGAAUGGGCCCCAUGGGUCCACAGAACUACGGAGGGAUGAGACCUCCAGGGGGGAUGGGAGGCCCCGGCAUGCCACCCGGCAUGAACAUGGGCCCUGGAGGACGAGGUCCUUGGCCCAACCCCAACGCUAACUCGAUAGCAUAUUCCUCCUCCUCUCCUGGAAACUAUGUGGGUCCUCCAGGUGGAGGGGGGCCUCCAGGAACUCCCAUAAUGCCGAGCCCAGGAGAUUCAACGAACUCGAGUGAGAACAUCUACACGAUGAUGAACCCUAUCGGUCCAGGCGGAAACAGACCUAAUUUCCCCAUGGGUCCCGGCCCUGAUGGUCCAAUGGGAGGGAUGGGAGGUAUGGAACCCCACCAUAUGAACGGAUCGCUAGGCUCUGGAGACAUGGAUGGUUUGCCAAAGAACUCUCCCAACAACAUGGCGGGAAUGAGCAACCCUCCAGGAACCCCGCGUGACGACGGCGAGAUGGGCGGCAACUUCCUCAACCCUUUCCAAAGUGAAAGUUCCCCUGGCAUGCCCUUAGACCAUGCCGCCCUGGGGGCAUCUGCCCUGGCGGCCGCCUGUGCCAUGGCUGGCGGUGGCGGCGAUGGUGGGACCGCCGCGGGGGUCGGGACGGUCAGCGGCGGUGGCGGUGGCGGCAGGAAGCAGCGUCAGAGCCACAGGAAGGGCCUCCUCCACGCAGCGGACCCCUCCGCCUGCCUCCCCACCUUCCUCACGGGCCCAGGACUGUAGAGGAGCAGCAGCUGUGGGGUGGGGUGGGGUGGGGUAGGACGACAGAAGAACACCACCCAGCACAGCACAGCACAGCUCAGCUUAACUCAAGCAAAACGUGUCCAUUGCCCACCCAACGCCAGGCUGCCCAGCUUUCAUCGUGGUUUUUUGUUUGUUUGUUUGUUUGUUUUUGUGUUCACGUGAGAUGGCAUUUCUUCACUCUAUUUUUAGUCAUAGUUUAAGCGUUUUUGAUGCAGACGCGUGAAACAAAAGGGGAAGGAAAGUGUCGGAACUCAACUCCUCUAUCCUCCCCGUUUUAUCGUGUACAUUUUUUAAAGAUGUGUUUGCUAAUGACUUUUCCAAUAUUACAGUUUAUGUAUUGUAUUAAUAAUAUUAUUUUAUUUUUUAUUAUUAAUAUUGCUAUAAUGUUGUUAUAAUGUUUUUUUUUGUGUUUAGUUACCCUUGAAUGGGCACAUUGUAACCAGGCAACCACGAUAAUGACACAAGCACACAAUCAUGGCGCACAGCUGCAGUUGUUAUGGCGACGGAUGUUUUGAAGCUCAGUCUGUCGUAUCUGCUUUCCAGCCUGAUCACAGCGGUUAAACGCGGUGGGAGUACCGUACCCCCUUUAUCACCCAACACGCUGCUGUCUGCCCGUCUGUCUGUCCGUGCAGAGAAGUGUGAUGUCAGGAGUUGGAUAGGCCCUAUAUUCCCCUUUUAAUAGUGUAGACACACGCACAUAUGGGAACCACAUGACGCACACAGUAGUUUACCUCUCUUAUGUGAGCAGAACACUUCUGACACACACACACACACACACACACAUACACAUCAAAACCAAAUUCAUAU